AUGAAGAAAAGAAGACAUUCUAGUGUGGAUAGACUACGUUUACAUAAAACGAAUCAUUUUCCAUUAUCUGGGAGCAGGCGACGUUCCUCUACAGGCUUUUCAUCACCAUUUGAUGCUUUCUCUUCUAUCGAUACUUUAAAAUGUGUAUCAGAACAUUUAUUUAUUAAUUGUGUACUUAAAAUUAAUCAAGAAAAUAGUGAAAAUAUAAUUAUGGAUGAUAAAAAAAUAUUAAAAGAACCACCUGCUUUAUCAGCAUCAAGAUUAUUAAUACCUUCUAAUAUUAUGGAUACAUGGAAUCAACAUAAAAGUUUAUUCGGUGAUAAAGUAAAAAUUUUAGAAAAAAAAUUUAAUAAAAGGCAAAGUUUUUUAAAAAAAUUUUCACUUUAUUUACAAGUAUUUUAUGAAAGAUCAAGAUUACGUUAUUUUAUUCCUAUAAUAAUACUAUUAGCUUAUUCAUUUUUAGGAGGAAUAAUUUUUUAUACAAUAGAAUCACCAGCAGAACGUGUAGCACUUCGAGAAAAAGAAGAAUAUAUAAAUAAUGAGGAAAAUAAAGUUUUAAAUGUUAUAUUGGAAAUCGAAAAAGAGUUAAAAUAUUUUUUUACAAAAGCAAAAAAUAUAACAAUGUAUUAUUAUUAUUUACACGAGUAUAGAAAAUUUGCUAUGAAUAAAUUAAAUCAACAUAUAUAUUGGUAUGCAUUAGAAAGUUAUUAUUUAUCAGAUCAAGAAGCAUUUAAAUCUUCACUCCUUCAUCCAACAAAACCUGAACCACAUUGGUCAACACAUUUUAAAAAACCAUAUGGACAAAUAUAUGCUUUAAAAAAUUAUACAGAACAAUUAUCAUUAAGAUGUUGGGAAAUUUGUACAGAAUUAACAGGAGAAAAAAAAGCAAAAAUUAAAUUAAAAGAAGCACUUCAAUUAUUUCAUCAAUGGACUGGUCUUCAACAUAUUUUAUCACCAACAUUUACUUUUAGAAAUUCAAUGUUUUUAGCAGUAACAACAUAUACAACAAUUGGUUAUGGAAAUAUAACACCAAAAACAAAUAAAGGAAAAUUUGCUGUAAUGAUUUAUGCUAUUAUUGGUAUACCAUUAGUAUUAAUGAUUCUUCAUAAAUUAGGACGAUAUAUAUUAUUAGCAUUAGAAUAUACAUGGGAUAUGACAAUUUAUGCUAUGGAAGCUGUUGGUGGUUUAAAAAAUGGUGAAAAAUAUAAAAGUAAAUUAUUAGAUGAAGAAAGAGAUUCUGGUAUUCCAGUAUUAGUUGCAAUGUUUGUAGCAUUUGGUUGGAUGUUUAUGUGUGCUGCUGCAUUUUUAUUUUUUGAAAAAGAUUGGGAUUAUUUUAAAUCAUUUUAUUUUUUCUUUUGUUCAUUAACAACUAUUGGAUAUGGUGAUGUUGUACCGACAUCCUCUGAUGAUAUGUUUAUUAUUUUCUUUUUUAUUAUUAUUGGAUUAUCACUUGUAUCAAUGUGUAUUAAUGUUGUACAAUUAAAAUUAGAACAACUUGUUGAAGAAAUAUUAUUAGCAAUGAUGGAGGAGUAUACUGGAGAUUUAGAAUUUGGUUUUUCAGGAGCUAAUCUUAAAGCUAGAUUAGGUGUUGUUGAUAUGUGGAAAAUUUGGAAAAGACGUAGAAGUAGAAAGAAGAAAGAAAAAGUUGGUAAAGUUAAAGAUAUUAUUGUUGAUGAUGUUAAGUAUGGUGUUGAAAAAAAACCUAGUUUUGUAAAUAGAAAUUUUAGAGAAAUGAUGCCUUUUGGUAAAAGAAGAAGAGUUGAUGAAAUUAUGGAAGAAAUUCAAAAAAGAUUAGUUCAAAAAAAUAAAAGUGUUCAAACAGAUCCAGUAAAUAUUUAUAAUAUUAAUGAAAAACCAAUAGAUAAAAAAGUUACAUUUGCAAAUAAAUCUGUUGGAUCAUCAUGUUUAUCAUUAAUAAAAAAACCUGAAUUAGAAUCAGUAGGUGAAAAUUUAGAUGAAUUACCAAUAACAUAUAAAAGAGAUAUUACUUAUCGUCACAAUCAAACUGAACAUGAAAUAAGACGACGACCAAUAUUACCAACACCAAUAAAAAUUCAAUAUCCAACAAAUGAAGAGGGAUAUCAAUAUACUCCAGCACGUCGUUGGACAUUUGUUGAAACGGGAAAAGCAUCAAAAGGUGCACCAAGAGGACUUGCAGCACAAUAUUUUUAUCAUGGUCAACAAUAUCCACAUUCUGAUGAAUUAGAAUUUUUAGUACAAGAAAUUGAUUCACGUUUAAAAGAAUGUAAAAAAAAGUUAUUAGAGAAACAAAAGAUAGAGGCACUUAAAACACGAAGGAAUACAGAAACAUCUGAAACAGAUGAAUAA